UCUAGACUUUGCACUGCACGAUUCUUCCUUUUCACACUGUCCACGCAUUUAGGAAUCCAGGAAAAAGGCAGUUGAGAAUUUUCCGUACAGCUUCUCGUGUGUUUAACAUAGCUUCACAGAUUUUGCCAGGAGGAGCAUGUGACCUCGACAGAAGCCGUGCAGAUUAACAUGGACUCUCUGAAGAAGGUCCAGAGGGGGAGGACGGCCCCUGAUGGUGGCUACGCCUGGUUCAUCUUGCUCUCCUGCUUCCUGGUCUUUGGACUGACCUUCGGGGUCAUUAAGUCCUUCGGCGUCUUCUACGUCGAGAUACAGCAAUGCUUUCAAACCACGGCAACAGGAACAUCGUGGAUCACCUCUAUUGCUGUGGGCACCAUUCACUUUGCAGCUCCUGUAGCCACUGCUCUGACUGCUCGCUGCAGCCAUCGCUCUGUGGUGAUAGCCGGUGGACUGAUUUGCAGCUUAGGACUCAUGAUUGGGGCUUGUGCUAACAACGUGAUUGAACUCUACUUAACAGUGGGGUUCUUGAAUGGUCUGGGCUAUGCUUUGACCUGGACCCCCACAGUGACCAUGCUGGGCUUGUACUUUGAGAGGAGGCGUCCGCUGGCGAACGCCUUGGCCAGCACUGGAGAGUGCAUCCUUACAUUCGUCCUCACUCCCCUGUUCCAGCUGCUGAUCGACACCUACACCUGGAGGGGGGCUCUGCUGAUCCUGGGGGCCCUGCAGCUCAACCUGUGCCUGUGUGGGAUGCUACUGAGGCCGCUUAAAGCCACCGCAGAUGGGACUCUUGUGGAUGAGGUCGGAGCAGAAGAGAUAGAGGAGCACAGAAUACCUGAGGAGUCUGAUCUGGGAACAGUCAAGGUGUGUCCUGAAGACCCCGAGGAGAUCGCGGAUUCAAAAGACUCAACGACGGCUGGAUUCAGGACCAAUAUCCUGCGCUACGUAGAUUACACCCUCAUCUCUAACGCCCAGUUCAUGGUCUACUCAAUGUUUGGGGUGUUUGCUGCUCUGGGUUUCUUUGCCCCUGCGUUGUUCCUGGUCCCCUAUGCUCGCAGUAAAGGAAUCGAGGAAUACCAGGCGGCUGCGCUCAUGUCCAUCUCUGCAGCGCUGGACUUGUUUGGAAGGCUGUUCUUUGGCUGGGUGGCAAACCUGAGACUGGUGGAGACGGUGCAACAGCUGACGGCCACAGUGAUUCUCCUGGGCUCCGUGCUGCUCCUCUGCCCACUGGCCUCCUCCUUCUCCGAGCUGGCCGCCUUCAGCGCAGCUUACGGCCUCGUGCACGGUGCCACGGUCUCCAUCCACAUCACCGUGCUGGCCGAGGUGGUGGGCGUUCACAGGCUCGGCAGUGCUCUGGGGUUCUUCAUGCUCAUACGCAGCAGCGGAGGCCUGCUCGGACCGCCCAUCGCUGGAUACUUCAUUGAUAAGAUGGGAAACUACGGGACGGGCUUCAUCAUGGCCGGAGUGUCUCUCCUCAUCUCUGCCCUGUUCCUGCUCCUCCUCCAUCAGAUGACCCGCAGGGGUCAGAGGUCGACGAAGAGGAAUCACAAUAUGGAAAAGGACAAAAUGGGACAAAGCCUCAAGGGCGAAGUCAAAGAUCUGAGGGCGUGAAAUAAAAGAUGGACAAAUAGAUUCUGAUGAUGAUGGAGGUUAAUCUCAAGACCGAGGCAGUGUUGUCAGAGGUGUGAACGUGUCACGUGAAGAAUCAUCUGCAGGAUCGACCAGGUCUUUGAAUCAUCAAGUGUCUCUAGGUGAUUACUUGAUGGAUUGGUGUGAGCAUCUCUGUUUGUAACACAGACCACAGACAGUGUGUGCAUGCAGGAAACGAUGAGACUGAUAAAACACUCUGCGGUAGAUCUGCCCUGUUUGUUAUCAGUGGUCAAACUGUGGUUGGAAUAGAGGAGCUUUAAACUGGCCACGUGCCCAUGGGCAGUUUGAAAACCAGGCUGCAACGACAAUACUUGAAAACUUGUCUUUUUGGUUCAUAUUAUGCUUUGCACAGUUUUCAAGUUACUUAAUUUAUUUCUAAUAUGUGGAAUUGGUUCAUUUGUGAAAAUUAAUUUUUUUUUUUUUUAGAGAUAAAUGUUUUAACCAGGACACUUUACCUGUUUAAAUUAUAUAAUAUUAGAUUAUUAAGUCUAAAAUCAGUCUUUUUGUUUAAUUUAUUACAGAUGUUUUAUGAAUGGAUGAAUGCUCCGUUUCUCAGUGAAAAUGUGACUAUGGCUCCCCCCAGUGAGAGGACGAUGAUGUUGCAGUUGCAGCUUGCACAGCUGCAGGGCUGAGCUGCAAAAUGUAGAUAAAUACACAAACAGCACAACACAGGAAAGAUCUGAGAGUUCUCAGAUAUGAACUGAAUUAAGUUUCAUUAGUUGUUUUGGUGCGAUUACUCAAAGCCUAAGAAAAUGUAUGAAGUCUGCUCCCUAAAAUGUAUUUUAAUCAGCCGCAAAAGUGAACUGAAGCGUUAAAUUAAACAACAAAAUAAGUUGUUGUUGAAUGAGCUUCGCCUCGAGUUGUGUUCCAGGAGUGAAGCCUGAAACCGAGUGAGAAGCUGCUGCAGAAUGUUUGGUAUGUGCAACCGGCAAGCGAGCGAGCGCUCAGACCCCCGGACCAGCGAGAGGCCCCAGGUCCACAUCUUAAACCUGCUGCAGUGCACAUAUAACAAGAAUAAAUAAACAUGUCAUCCUCCAUAAAUCUGAUAUAACAAACUGCAAAACGAGGUUUACAAACAGUGGCCCACACUGAAAUAUCCACCGCACAGACAGAGACACACACACACACUCACUCAGACUCACAUACACACACACACACAUAUGCAAAAGGAAGGAUACUGCAGAAUAGAAAACUUACCACAACAUGAGCUGGUCAGAAAAGCAAAAACACAAUGCUUUUAUCUGCCAGAGAAUAACAAAGACAUAAUCCAUGUUUCAUAGAGACUAUACAUGAAACAGACACACACACACACACACACACACACACACACACACACACACAACAUGCAGUGGUCAACUGGAGAGACAAGAAACCUCCUAUUAUUUGUGAAACACUGCUAGGCUCAAAAUGAUCAGAGGCUUUCCAAUCCACUGAGAGUAAACCCAUAUUUACUCAGUGUCUGUACAUAAGAGGAAAAUCAAGUCUGACUGAGCAAUACACAAAACAAGCAAAGGUGGGGAUACACAACAUUUUAUUUACUGAGAUUACUGAGAGACUACUGUUUUCUUUUCUUACCUAAUGUGUUCUUAAGCUCUGGAGGGAGAUUUGUCAAAGUAUGAGAAAAUAUUAAAACCAUGAACAUGUCAA